UAAAACUCGAGCUUUGCUCAGAAUCGACUCAAACUCGCUCGAAUGUUCAUGUGUUGUGCCAGUGACUCGCUUGGAUUAUUGUGAAGUGAUGUUGGAUAUGCCCGGAACCAUCAUGGCCAAAAACUACUCGCAUUGCCCGCUCAAGAAACGACCCGUGCAAAUGCUGGAGGACAUCCCUGACGAACCGGAAAAUCUCAGCACGAAACCGGAAGAUUUGUCCCGGACCGGCCGUCUGGCCUCAGUCUCGCCUUCCUCCCUAUCUCCGGUCUCCCCGAACUCGUCAGUGAAAACCUCGCCGCCCCCAUCGCCCCCAAUGCGCUCGCCGUCCCCUCACUACUACCCCCCGAAAACCGAGAUCUUGCCAUACCAGGAAUACGCCCCCCAGACCUGGCACCGCAGCGUCGCCCCUUUGUACCCUCCAGUGUACCACCCCUUCGUGGACUACAUGGGGAUGAGCCCCACGUACAGCGAAAGCUCGCUCUCGCCGCCGCACCACCACGUCCAGCAGCCCCUGCAGCCCCUAGCCUUGCGCCCUUAUCAGCUCGACCAAGCCUCCCUGAGCCCCAGUUCUUGGACGACUUCGCCGCCCCCCAACACCACCCCCGAGGACCUGUCGGAGAAGCGCCGCCAGGGUGUGCGCCACCAGUGCCCCGACUGUGGCAAAAGCUACUCCACUUUCUCCGGGCUUUCCAAGCACCGUCAGUUCCACUGCGCUGCCGGUGAAGGCCCGAAGAAGUCCUUCAGUUGCAAAUUCUGUGAGAAAGUUUACGUUUCUUUGGGCGCCCUCAAGAUGCACAUCAGGACCCACACGUUGCCCUGCAAGUGCACCAUCUGCGGGAAGGCCUUCUCCAGGCCGUGGCUGCUCCAAGGGCACAUUAGGACGCACACGGGCGAGAAACCCUUCUCUUGCACUUAUUGUAAUCGGGCGUUUGCCGACCGGUCCAACUUGAGAGCGCAUCUUCAGACACAUUCCGAUGUGAAGAAGUAUUCGUGUCCCACCUGCAGUAAAACCUUCUCGAGGAUGAGUCUGCUGACGAAGCAUGCGGAAGGCGGCUGCAGCGGCGUGCACCAGGAGAAGAUGUACUAGUUCUGUCAGGACUUGAGGUUCCUUUUUUUGACAGUAUUUUCGUAAAUAGUGCCUUUUUCGAAGACUGACAGUUUGGAAAUGUUAUGUACAAAGUAAUUCCUACCAUGUAUAUAGUAAGUUAAGAAAUUUAAUAUAUUUUUGUAAAUACACAGACGGCUCGGAUGAGUCGCGUUCUAUACUCUAGUCAAUACGUUAUUCUUAUGCCAUUGUAUAGUGCCUUACUUAGUCUUAUUGAACCUAUAUUGCAGA